UUCCUCACCUGUCCAACUGACUGGAAAUAAUAAAAGGAAAAGAAACAAGUUGUUCAUUGUCUACGACACUCAGAGACAAGACAGAGGCCAUCUGGCUUAUAUUGGAUGCCUUUUGCUGUGUGAUUUCUUUUUUUUUUUGAGUGUGUUUUGUGUCUCUGUGCAUACACCCCCUCACACACACACACACACACACACACACACAUAUAUAUAUAUAUAUAUAUAUAUAUAUACAUCCAUACAUAUUCAUUGAUACAUACAUACAUAUAUAUAUAUUUAUAAACUAUAAACAUAAUUAAGGGGUCAGCAACAGUUGCUUCACCACAUACCGAAGUUCAGAAAUAGCAGCUAAAGUGCUGAAACUCCAACAGAUAGCAUUACCUGUAACUCACAAAGGUAAAACAAGAUAAUGGUGUUUUCAUACCGAAGGGCUUGGUAAAAAUUAUUAAUUAUUAAUUUAUUAAUAAAUUAAUAAAUUGAUAAUCCUUUACCCUUUUAAUUGUAAUAAAUACAUAUAUAUAUUUUAUAUUCAUUCAUAUAUAGAUAUAUAUAUAUAUUUGUCAAAAAGCCCUAGUGAUGGCUCAGAUAAACAACAUGUUGGCUCUUGUUAAUGUGUUCUAUGAGGCUAUAAGCAAUAAUGAUGCGGAGAGGGUUGAAGCUAUUCUUAAAUACUGUCGCGAGAACCACUGCUGUUACUAUCUGGAUCUAGAUAAGGCGGUCUGUGUAGCAGCCCGCAAUGGUGCUACGACUGUUGUGGAGAUGAUACUUCUCGGAUCACGGCCCGUGCCUUCUCUGAUCCACACAGAUGAAACGGGUAAGAAGGCCAUUCAUCAUGCUGUGUUAAAUGGCAGUUUGGAACUGGUGAAAAUUUUGACCAGGAAUGGCUCUGUUCUCAAUCGAUGCGACUCUGAAGGGCAGACCCCUUUAUUGCAAGCGUGCAACUGUGGGUUCACAGACAUUGUUCGUUUUCUGAUUAGCGAGGGUUCGCAUGUAAACCUUUCUCGUAACCAUAACGAUGAGAGAGCCCUCCACAUCGCAGCUGGUGCUGGUCACAUCGAGGUGGUCAGGGUUCUGUUGGAGGAGAGCCGAGCAAAUAUAGAAAUUCAAACUUUGUUACUCCAAGGUGGGAUGACCCCCUUGCAUAAGGCUGUAAGGAACGGACACCUUGAUGUCGUUAGGUAUCUGUGUGAAAAGGGGGCUAAUGUUGAGGCACGCGAUGUUGAUAACAAAAGACCGAUUCACAUGGCCAUAGACACUGAUGCUCCGCAAAUUCUUCAGGUUCUCAUUGACAACAAUGCAGACGUCAAUGCUACAGAUAAAUUCGGUUCAUCUCCGCUGCAUUAUGCCAUUCAAAUGAAGAGUCUGGAAAUGGUAAAAAUGCUUUUGGAAACAGAGAGGGUAAACUUAAACCAGCCUAACAGGAGAGGGGAUUAUCCUUUACAUCUAGCAGUCAAUCGCAGAUCUGAAGCCAUCACCUUAGCAUUGGUAAAAGCUGGUUGCAAUAUUCAUGUGAUAUCACCGAACCACGAAACACCAUUGCUGCAGGCAGCAUCUAUCGGUAGCUACGUGAUUGUUGACAUUUUGCUGCGACAAGGUGCAAAUGUUAAUGCGCAGAGCAACGAUCGGUUGACGGCGUUGCACAAGAUACAGUAUGCACGUUGUAGCCGUGAAGAAUCUGAUAGGAUAAUCAGCCGCUUGCUAGAAUUUGGUGCCUACAUCAACUGCCAAGACAGCCGUGGCUUCACACCUCUGCACUCUACAGCAUGCACCUGUGUUAUGGGGCAGGUGGUACCUGUCUCCUCUCUGCGGAUUCUCAUUGGCGCUGGUGCCAAAGUAUCACACCACAGUCCUAACAGAAACUCUCCACUUUGUUGGCUUGUCUGGAAUGGUUGUUUUGAAGCUGCACGUUUUCUGGUCCAAGCUGGUUGGAACCUAAACCAAGAGGGUUGGAUUGAUUUACCAGGCAAAACAGAAGAACAAUCACAAUUCCAUGAAUGGUUGAAAAGCAUGAGAUCUUCCCCCUGGACAUUGUCCUGUCUCUGUCGUCAAUAUAUUCGGAACUAUCUGUUAGGGAUUCGUGGUGACCGAGAGAUCUUGAGUUGCGUCAAAGAACUACCGAUUCCAGCUAGACUAAAAGGAUUCUUAACAUAUUCAGAUUAGGAGAGUUCUUACAAAACACACAAAAACUGCAUAAAUAAAUGGAAGGAAAAAAAACUAUUUAAAAAAAAUUUUCCAUUUUAUUUAUUUAUAUUAUUAUUAAUUCAUUAGUAACCUUUUUUGGUACCAACUCUGCCUGAGAUUCUUCAUGGUUUUAUGUUACAAAGUUUAUAAUUUUGAAGUGAUAAAUGACCUAAAUUAAUACCUUCCAUUGAAAUUUCAUGUUAAUUCAUGUUCCAAACACCAGAUUAUCGAGAAAAAGUUAUUUCAUUAAAUACUUCAUUAUUUUGAAUUGAAGCAAUGGCAGUAUAUUAUAACAGAAAUAGAGUACCAAAACGGUUAACCCUUUUGGCACCAACCCACCUGAGACCCAUCUAGUUCUUUCAGACAAACUUCUUGCUUUAACAUAAUCCAAAAUUCUUCCAUCAAAAUUUCAUGUUAAUUUAUUUUCCAGUUAUUGGUUCCAUAAUGACAGAAUUCUUUUACUAAAGUUUUUUUUUUUUAUUUUCGAAAUUAAUGCAAAUAAAGGCAGUGAGUUUCAACAGAAAUAACAAAAGGGUCAACCCUUUUGGCACCAACCCAACUGAAACUGCCCCGAGUUCUAUGAUAAAAACUUUUUCCUUCAAGAUAGUCUAAAUUAAAACCUGCCAUCAAAAUUUCAUGUUAUAUUUCACCAAAUUCUUCAUUAUUUUCAAAAUUACUUAAAUUCUAGGCAGACUAUUUCAACAGAAAUAUGAUAACAAAAUGGUUAACCUUCUACAUACAACCUUUGGUUCUAUGAUGCCAAUUCCCUGUUUUGAGAACCUUCUAUCAAGACUUCAUGUUAAUUUAUGUUCCAAACACCACUUUAAUAAGAAAAAAAGUAUUUUCAAAAUUCUUCAUUAUUUUCAAAAGACCAGGGGUCACCAAACUAUGGCCCAUGAGGUCAGUUCAUCUGGCCCACCGCCACCGCACUGUACCUUUUGUGUAAGUACCUGCUUUGAGAGUAUAUUUCUGUAGCGACUGUCUUUGAAAUUGCAUUGCUGUGUUUAAACAUUUUCUUCAUGAGAAUGUUUGCUGAAAAUGAAUUUGUCACUCGUACAAGCUACAAAAUAGUGCAUAAGAUAGCAGAGCAAGGAAAGCCAUUUACUGAUGGCAACUUUAUCAAAGAGUGUCUGAUGGAAGCAGCGAAUGACUUGUGUCCUGAGAAAGCCGAUUUUUUGGAAGUAUCAGCCUUUCAGCAAGAACAGAGGAACUUGGAGAGAACAUAGUGCUACAGAUGCACGAGAAAGCUAGGAACUUCUUUUGGUAUUCUCUGGCACUGGGUGAGUCUACUGAUCUCUCGGGUACGUCACAACUUCUUGUGUUCAUUCGUGGUAUUAAUUUGGACUUCCAGAUCACAGAAAAGUUGGCAUCUGUUUGCAGCAUGCACAAAAAAAGAACUACAGGAGAGAUUUUCAUGGAAAUGCCGAAAGCUUUGCAAGACUAUAACCUUGAGUGGAAUCAGUUUUGGUUUGUUUCAGUUGAUGGAUUGGAAAAAACAUGGCUAGAAUGAGGAAGGGUUUGGUAGGGCAGAUCAGGACUAAGUUGGAAGAUCUUCAACUCCUGGGCCCUCUGUUUACACAUUGCAUUAUACAUCAGCAAGCACUCGUGCCAGUUAACUUACAGUUGGUGCUCAUUGAUUUGGAAGCAAAUGAUUUGUUGAAAGAGAAGCAUAGAGAAGGAAAACUUGUAAAAUCUUGUCGCUGUUUAUCUGAUGAUGAGUUUCUGAAGUUGAAGAAAUUUGCCUUUAGUAUGGCACCAGUGUUUGGAACAACUUAUGUCUGUGAGCAAACAUUUUCAAAAAUGAAGUAUAUGAAGUCAGCACAUCGAAUGGAGUUGACUGAUGAACAUUUGAAAGCAAUUCUUUUGGUUGAAUGCAGCAACUCCAAAGCAAAUAUUGAUGACAUCUUAAAAACUGAACACCAGUUUCACAAAUUUCACUAAUAUUUUUUGCUGCUUAGUUUGUGAGAUUCGGAUAUGUGCAUACAGGGUAUGAUAUAUUUUAUUGCUAAUGUUCCCUUCUUUGAUAACUUUUUAGUAAAUAAAUAUGUCGGUUGUCUUUAUUUUUGUGUAAUCACUGUAUUGUAUUGAACAAAAUGGAUAUGUGGCCCGCGCUUGUUAUUGUCUUAGUUAUCUGGCCCGUUGUGAAAAAAGUUUGGUGACCCCCCUGCUCUAGACCAUCUUGUUUCCAUAACAUAAAUUCCUUGUUUUAUAGUGAUCUGAAUAUCAAAUUAAUUUAUGUUCCAAACACCAGUUUUGUAAGAACAAAGUUAUUUCAUUAAAUUCAUCAUUUCAAAAUUAUUUGAAACCAAUGUAAAAUAUUUCUACAGAAGUAUGGUGACAAAGUGGUCAACCAUUUUGAUACCAACCCACUGAAGAUUGUCCUUGGUUCUAUUGUACAAAUUCCUUCAUUUUAUAAUGAUCUGAAUAUCAAGUGAAUUUAUGUUCCAAACCGCACUUUAAUAAGAACAAAGUUAUUUCACUAAAUUCUUCAUUUCAAAAUUAUUUGAAACACAGGCAGAGUACUUCUAUAGAAAUAUGGUAACAAAGAGGUUAUAUAUAUAUAUUUUGCAAAUGUCUGUGAAUGUUUUACCAAUUUUACCAAUGCAUUUAUACAACAUGAGAACCGAACAUUAUUUUUUGUCUUUAUGCCAAAUCAAUGUCUUUCCAAAACUCUUUCUACAAAUAUUUGUUUCAGCAUCUACUCACACCACAAUCCCACAAUAUUGGUCUCAAAUUUUUUUUUCUUAUAUUUUUUUUCACGCUAAAGAAAGACAAAUGCCCCAAAAAGCAGAUUUCUCAUUCCUCAUAGCAAAUUAACUUAUUUCAAAAAGUUUUUCUUUAGUCAUCUAUAAGUUAUACUUGAUGUAUAUACACCUUUGAUAGGCAAGAUUUGCUGCAGUGUUUUUCCUGAGAUAACAUCUCUUAAAAAAAAUAAACACAACAAUCCAUCCCAGUAACAGCAAGCGAGAGUGUUGAAUGCAUUUUUGGGCUUUCUCAGUGGUGCAAGCAAUGACUUCUUGUCCAAGCAUACAGAGCUGGCAGUGAGUAACGUGUCAUUUGAGAUGGACCCCAAAUGCUGAGACGAAUUUUCAUCUCUGAAAAUUAUUGAGAGAUGCUAUCUCAGGACAAAUACUACAGUAUCUGGCCUUAUCGACAGUGUAUAUACAUUUAGUUUGAUACAUAAAUGGCUAUUUUAAUUUAAUUUGAAACUGCCUCAAUUGUGUAUACUGAAUUUUUUUUCUUUUUUUUUAUAUCUACAAACUUAUUGGAUUACCAUUUACCAAUCUGAUAAACCACAGCCAGUUCAUUUGAAUUUAAAAUCUCACCAUAUAUAACUCACAAUUUGGUGGCUAUUUGCUUGACUGGUUACAGUGGUUUAAGUAGGUUUUUUUGGGAAAAAUAUGAUUGAAAAAACAAAGAAUCUCUGUUGAUAAAUUCCUUGCCAUGAAAUUCAAUAUUAUUAAUUGUCAAAAACACCCGUAUCCCUUUUGAUGCCAACUUGCCCAAGACUGCCCUCUGAUUCUAGGAUAUAAAGACUUCAUAUUUUAUAUAAAAAUCAUUUGUAAAAUAAAACUUUCCACCUUAAUUUAAUAAGAUAUUUUGUUUUGUUGCAGACAACAAUGAAAGAAUGAAAAAAAAAUCCUUAUUUUACCAAGUAAAUCCUUCCAAAAAUUUUCAUUAUUUUCAAAAUACUAUAUGAGAUUGAUCAUGGUUCUAUGAAAUAAAAUCUAUUUCACAAA